AUGUCUGCCACCACAUCCCCCAACGAGUCUCCCAUCGCUACACCCAUUCAGCCUCUUCACAACCCGGCUAACGCAGCCCAUGUUGUGGUGCCGCAAGCACCAUUAGGAAAUGUCGUAAAUCAAGUGCCAGGUAUGGGGGCGAAGGCAUUACUCGCGAAAAAGAUGGCCAAAAGCCAAAGUGCUGCCUACCAUUCACCAACAGACAACCUCAUGACUCCCGUUACACAGAAACUGAAUGCUGUGAAGAAGAAACACUUUGCCAAGCCUUCAAAACCCGUUCAGUUGUUUGCACAGAAGGAGGAAAACAGCAGCGAUGUUGAAGCAGAAGAAACCGAGACCCAAGCGUCCCCGUUGGAAUCAACAGAACACAAAAUGGAGAUCGACAACGAUGAUGAGAACCCAUUCUAG